AUGGCUUCGUUGAAACUUCCAGAGGUUGUUCCUUCUCCUACACAGGACUCUGAACGUCUUAGAAAUGCUUUCCAAGGAAUUGGAACAGAUGAAAAGGAACUAAUCUUGGUAUUAGGACAUAGAAAUGCUUAUCAAAGGAAGGAAAUUAGAGAAACCUAUCAGCAAAUUUAUAAAGAAUCCCUCGUCGAUCGUCUCCAAUCUGAACUCUCUGGUGAUUUUAGAAAUGCUAUAGUUCUUUGGACUAGUGAUCCUUCAGAAAGAGAUGCAAAACUAGCCAGAGAUGCAUUGAAGGCUAAGAGGAAAGGAAUCAAACAGCUGCAGAUUCUGGUUGAAAUAGCGUGCGCGACAAGUCCUAAUCAUUUGAUGGCUGUGAGACAGACUUACUGCGCUCUCUAUGAUUGCUCACUCGAGGAGGACAUUAUAGCAUCGGUUUCUCCGCCCCUCACAAAAAUUUUAGUGGGACUAGUAAGCUCCUUCAGGCAUGAUAAAGUAACCAUAAAUUCAGAGGUUGCAAAAUCAGAAGCAGAAAAACUACAUGAAGCCAUAAAAAACAAGCAAUUAGAUGACGAUCACGUUGUUUGGAUACUUUGCACGAGGAAUUUUUUCCAGCUCCGCGAAACUUUCGCAUGCUACAAACAACUCUAUAACAAUACAUUCGAAGAGGACAUAAAAGUUUGUGGUAAAGGUGAUUUGGCUUCUCUUUUGAAUGUCGUAGUAUGGUGCAUAGACCGCCCCGAAAAACAUUUCGCAAAGGUUAUAAGGGAUUCUAUUGUCGGGUUUGGUACCGAUGAAGAUUCACUCAACAGAGGCAUUGUAACUCGAGCUGAAAUCGACCUGUUGAAAGUCAGAUUUGAAUAUGCUAACAUGUUCAAAGCAAAUCUUGACGAUGAUGUCAUUGGAGAUACCUCAGGAGAUUACAAAGAGUUUUUGUUGACAUUGCUAGGGAAAGGACCAAAGGGAGACUAA